AAACAAGCGGUGACGUAGCUUCUCUUGUACGCAUGCGCAAAGAUGCGGAAGCAGUGGGCAGGUUGGCUGUUCGAGUGAGAGAACAUAUGGAAGUGGUCCUCUUCGUUCUCCUAUGACCAGCCUCAGCUCACAUUGUCUAUAAUGGCCCCGUCCUCAUCCUCUUCUUUUUGCCGUUGCUGCUGUCCUUGUUCACGGCUUUGCUCAAGAUCUUCCAUCUACACUUUGGUUCUGGGUCUGGGUUUUGUCACCUUGGGAACCAGUCGCAUCCUAUUACUAAAAUUCUCAGCCAAUGAAGAAAAUAAAUAUGACUUUCUUCCUGCCUCUGUGAAUUUAAUGGCAGAGGCCAUCAAACUAGUAUUUUGUUUAGUGAUGUCAGUACGAGUGGUCAUUCGAGAGGGCCGCUCUUAUAAAGAUUUGGGGUGUUCAUCUGGUGCCUCUUUUCUCAGCUACCUGAAAUGGUCUGUUCCUGCAUUCCUCUACUUCCUCGAUAACCUCAUAAUCUUCUAUGUGAUGACCUAUCUGCAACCUGCCAUGGCAGUAUUGUUUUCCAACAUUGUUAUUUUUACAACAGCCAUUCUCUUCCGAGUUGUUCUAAAGAGGCGCCUGUCUUGGGUGCAGUGGGCAUCUUUGAUCAUUUUGUUCCUGUCCAUUGUGUCAUUGACCACUGGCAGUGGUGACCAGCAUGCCAUUGCUGUACAUGGCCUCCACCCAGCCCACAUUUCCACCCCUUCUAAUAGCUGCUUAAAAUACGCCCAUCCCAAGCCAGAGCAUCAGAACCAUAAUGAAACAUACUGGAAACGUGAGAUGUGGGACAGCCGGCUCAUCCACAGGCUGAACAGCUUUGGCCUGGGUUAUGUCCUAAUGCUGCUGCAGUGCUUCAUCUCUGCACUGGCCAACAUCUACAAUGAGAAGAUCCUCAAGGAGGGGGAGCAGCUAGUGGAGAGCAUUUACAUCCAAAACAGCAAGCUGUACCUGUUCGGUUUGAUCUUCAAUAGCCUUACGCUGCUGCUGCACUCUGACUACCGUGACCUGAUGUUACACUGCGGCAUCCUCUAUGGACACAAUGUCUUCUCUGUUGCACUGGUUUUCAUCACAGCUGGCCUAGGCCUGUCAGUGGCCUUCAUUCUCAAGUUCCGUGAUAACAUGUUCCAUGUGCUUACAGGCCAGAUCACCACGGUCGUCGUCACUGCGCUCUCUCUUUUCCUGUUUGACUUUCAUCCAUCAAUGGGUUUCUUCCUGCAGGCACCUGUUGUACUGCUUGCCAUCUUUAUCUACCAUAGCAGUAAACUGAAGGAUCCAGAGGACUCACUACAGCACGAGAGGCUCAGGGUCAUCAAUGGAGAGAUGUUUGACAGGUCAAGAGGGGAUGGGGAAGAGUUGGAGAGACUAACCAAGGCUAACACAGAGAGUGAAUCUGAAGAAGAAUCUUUCUGAUUCAGUUUUGAACCAAUCUCUAAUUAACAUGUAAAUACACAGCAAUCAGCCAGUAUAAGUAUGAUGUAGAUGUAUUACAAUGAAUGAUGAUUGUUUCAGUCACGUGGAAUGUCUGCGUGACGUGCAAAGUUCUCUUACAAACUGUGUAAACAUUUUGAACAUGUGUUAGACUCAGGAAAGUUUGUGAAAGAAGUAUUUCGUUCAUUUUAAUGUUUGAACUAUUCUUGGUUCCUUAAUACAGUAGUGGACUGAAGGAUAUAAAGUGAGAGUGUUAAAGGGUUAGUUCACCCAAGAAUGAAAAUUCGUCCAUCUUCUGCUCACCCUCGAAGCAUCCUAAGUGUAUGCGACUUUCGUCUUUCAGAAUAAUCCAAUUGAAGUUGUAUUAAAAAUUAUCCUUGCUCUUCCAAGCCUUUCAUUUGGAGUAAGCAGGUGUUCAUUGUCAACAGUUCAGGAGACGAGAAAUAAAGUGCGCGCAUCUGUAAUAAAAUGUCCCUCACACUCCAGGGGGGUGAAUAAAGGCACCUGACAUUUGACAUUUGCCAUCUGACAUUUUUCUUUACAAAUCCUCAUUUUUUGCUUCUAUUUCGUGACCAGCAUUUUUUUUUGUUCUCUCAAACUAAACAAACGCAGCGCUGACGAACUACAAUAUCCACCUUCACCUGCACACGGAGCCAUUUGAGGGGUGUUUUAUUACAGAUUCAUGUACUUUAUUUCACGACUUCUGAACUGUUGACAACAAACACCCACUUACCCCCAUAGAAAGGCUUGAAAGAGCAAGGACAAUUUUUCAUAUAACUCUAUUUUGUUAUUGAUUUAUUCUGAAAGAAGAAAGUCUCAUACACCUAGGAUGCUUCGAGGGUGAGUAGAAGAUGGACGAAUUUUCAUUCUCGGGUGAACUAACCCUUUGAGGUAUUAAGGUAAGAGGAGCUUGUUUUAUUUUAAUAUACUGUUGUGAAUGCACGUGUCAUAUUUGUUGACCAAUGACCUUUGAAAAAUACUUGGAUUUCUGCAAUAAUAAAAUCCACCUUUUAAUCAUA